AUGCCACCUGUUUUCCAUCGCCCACCAGGUCCUGGCGGGCCGUCUACGCAGAAAGCCAAAGCAGGAGUAACGCUACCAACCAGCAAAGACAAUACGGCUGCAUCAAAGAGUCACAUGCUGGCACCUUCCAAGACCUCCAACUCCUUCUCCCCUCGAACUCGGACGCUGGGUGAAGGCGUCCCUGGUUUUCGUACCUCCUUCGAUGUCUCAGGAAAAGGCGGCGGCGCCUUUAAGCCUAUCAGUGAGAACUUCUCUGUGAGCCCUGCGAAUGGCACCAUGUCGUUUGCGCUGCCUAUCUGCACAUCGCCAAGUCGCGGUGGGUAUGAGCCUAAGUUGUCGCUCGCGUACGACUCCGGUGCAGGCAAUGGCCUCUUUGGAUUUGGAUGGAGUGUCUCACUCCCGUUGAUCCAUCGGAAAACGACGCAUGCUGUUCCGAGAUAUAACGACGAUGAGGAUGAUCUGGCCAUGUCUGGAGCAGACAUCAUUAGAAGAUUGAAUGACGACGGCACCGCUGAGACAAGAACCGAGUCGGGACCGGAAGGCGAGUUUGAUGUCGCCAUCUACCGUCCAAGGUUUGACAAUGGCUCUGUGCGGAUCGAGAGAUGGGCUAGGAAGGCCAGUCCCACAGACGUGCAUUGGAGGACUCUCACGGCCGAUAACGAGACGGCAAUCUAUGGCGACAAUGACCACAGUCGAAUCAUGGACACGUCUAACGGCACAACACGAAUAUUUUCCUGGAUGUUGAGUCGGUCUUAUGAUGCAUUUGGCAACGCAAUCGAGUACACAUAUAAACAGGAAAACGCCAAAUGUAUAGUCGAUGCGGACGGAAUCAUGCCUGACUGGGAAAUGAAUCGAACCCAGGACGCGAGGUGCCGUCAGAAAUACAUCAAACGAAUCAAAUACGGCAACAGAGUUCCAAACCGCGAUCUGGCGACAUGGGAAGCAUCAAAGUGGCCCCAAGACUGGAUGUUUGAACUUGUCUUUGACUACGGCGAGCACAGUGGAGCCAGCCCGAGUACUGUUGAGUCUCAUGACUGGCCGGUUCGUCGGGAUGCUUUUUCUCAAAGCCAGGCCGGAUUCGAAGUGCGGACCUAUCGGCUCUGUCAACGUCUACUGAUGUUUCAUCAUUUCCCCAAGCAAACCAAGGAACCAGAGAAUCUCGUCUUCUCAGUAUCUAUACAAUACGAUGAGUCCCCCCAAAGGACUGUGCUGAGAGGCUUAUCGAUGAGUGGACAUGCUCUCGACAAGGACGGCCCUGAAGAUAUUACAAGGUACAGGUCAGAGAGUCUGCCUCCGUGGUCAUUCGAGUACACGCCGACGCCGGAAUCCAGCCACUUGGCAGCCUUGGAAGCUAACGUUUUCAAUCUUCUUGAGUUACCUGAUCCAAAAUCAAAGGUCUCGGAGUGGCUGGACCUCGACGGUGAGGGCAUCCCAGGGCUGUUGAUACGAUCCAACAAUGGGACGCUCUGCUACCAACGCAAUAAAGGCCCGGGUUCUUCAACUGAUGAACCACAGUUCUGUCCGCCAAUAGUACUUGGGCAACAGCCGAGCCUAGUAGGCGGCACGUUUCAGGAUCUUGAUCGGAACGGACAUCUCAACUACGUCCUGCGAGACAGCAAAGGUUGUUUGCAGGGCUUUUUUGAACGAGGGGAAUCAGACACAUGGAGUACAUACUCCAACUUCCCCGAGACCCCUAGUGGGGAUACAUGGCCAGACAGUGUUGCGAUUGACUUGACCGGCGAUGGUCUAGUUGAUACGCUGUGUGUGGCGGACGACUCGCAGGCGCUGGUCUGGCAGCAGAACCUCGGUAAGAAGGGUCUCUCUGGAUACAAACGCAUUCACCAAGUAAAUCCGAGCAGCCUGCCACGCUUGACCCAAACGCCUGACGCUCAGAUUCAUGUUGCAGACAUGACAGGUAGCGGAUUAUCAGACGUGGUACAGGUCUCAGCAACAUCAGUCAGAUACUGGCCAAACUUGGGUUACGGCAAUUUUGGCGCUGCGGUUGACAUGGGCAACCCGCCUUUGCUUUCGACAGGCGGGGAGUUUGACCAUGCCCGCGUACGGCUCAUUGACGUGGACGGCAGCGGCACGACAGAUCUACUCUACGUUCUUCCUACGGGAGGAGCAGGUCUGUACUACAACCUGAGCGGCAAUUCCUGGAGUGAACAGGUCUUCAUUCAAAAUCUCCCAUUGAUCGCCAAUCCUUCUUUGGUCUUCACCCUGGACAUUCUUGGAAAAGGAACUGGUUGCCUAUGCUGGGCCGAUACGUCGGAUGGAACGAACAGAAUCAAGUACCUUGACCUCAUGGGAGAUACAAAACCACACUUACUGCAGAGCUAUAGCAACGGACUAGGCGCGGUCACAUCUAUAGCAUAUACGCCAUCCACCAAGUUCUUUCUGGACGAUGAAAGCAGAGGUCUACCGUGGUCAACGAAGUUGCCCUUUCCUGUCCAGUGCGUUGCCAAGGUGGAAUUGAACGAUACCAUAACGGGAAAUCAACACUCCACCGAGUACAUCUAUCACAAUGGAUGCUAUGAUCAAGUUGAAAAACAGUUUGCUGGGUUCGAGAUGGUGGAAGAGUUUCAUCGGGAGAAGCUCAUCAUCGGCCAAGACGAAACAUGUGAGCCCCCAGUCACACACACUAAGUCAUGGUUCAGCGUUGGUCUGGGCCUGCAGGUGGAUGAAUCUCGCUUUCUAACCAGGCCACUCGUAUCAUCGAAUCUUCAGGAUUCUAGCGACAGCGACCCCGCAGAACACUUACAGGCUCUCCGAGGAGUGAAUUUGCGCUCUGAAACGUACAGCCAGGACGGAACAGACAAGGCCAGCCUACCAUUCGUGGUCCAGGAACUUUCGUACCAAAUAAAACUGCUCCAGUCACAAGGGCCGAACAAGUAUUCCGCGGUCCAGGUCAACCCAAGAGAGACGCUCUCUAGGCAGUAUGAGAGAAACAUGCAAGACCCGCGGACCACGCACGACAUUAUCCUCAAAACCAACCUCUUUGGCGACGUGGAGGAAAGUUUGCACAUUGUUUAUCCUCGUGCCUGUGUGGAGACUACGUUUACGGAUGUCGACAAGAACCAAAAGGCCGGGAAUAUGUCACACACCCAGAUCUGGUACACCGAAGACGUUCAAGAGCGAUACAACUUUCGCAAGCCAGCGGCAUGGAGGCAAAGAGAGUAUGAGAUUCUAAACUUCUCGUUCAACGGAACCCUGACUGUUGAGGAAGCUCGCAAGUACGACUUCCAAGUGCUUCCCACAGCCAAGUGCCUGGCGACAUGGAAAGCUCUGCGAAGCGAGAAUAGGGCUUUUUACAAAGACUCGCUUCUCGAAAAGCGGCUUGACGAGGGCAAGCUACAGGCACAUUCGCUACUAGACCAAACAUACACUCUUGCUUUCACGCCAGACAUCAUGGCCCAAGUCGAGCUGGGCUUGCGCAGCUGCAGUAUUGGGGGCUCGGUGAAGGAUCUUUUGGCACAGGGCAAGUAUGUGAGUUUCAAUGACAGUGAGGCUUGGUGGGCUCCAUCCUCACGCUCCCUCUUCUAUCGUCCGGAAAGCGUGGGGUCGGGGGAGGAGCUCAAGCAUGCCCGCGAGUCAUUUUACACCCCUUCAUUCUUCGUGGACGUCUUUGAGAACGUGUCACGGAUCAGGCUGGAUGAGAACUUCCUGCUCACCGAAGAGAUGGAAGACGCCUUGGGAAGCAUAACGUUGUUCAAGAACGACUACGAAAAUUUACAGCCCGUUGAGAUUACCGACCCGAAUCUCAACACCGUGCAAGUGGUACUUGAUCCCUUGGGCCAGAUCCUUGCCGUUGCAGCUCUGGGCAAGGGUUCAAGAGACGAAGAAGAAGCGGAUAGUGUUCAAGACAUGGUUCGAGACGUUAGUCUUGAGGAUGCCGAGAGGAUCCUUCUUAAUCCUGCUGGAGAACUUGCCAGGCGUGUUCUCGGAAAUGCAGGAAGUAGAAGCAUUCACUGCAUCAAUCGCUACUCCCAUUGGAAAGCCCGGCAGGUUGUUCAGACAAGCUCCGAAGUCUUAAAGAUCAAUCAGACGUCGACUGCUCCUGCGCCAGCAUUCACCGUCCACAUGACACGCGCUCUUCCAGCGGGAAAAUCGAGAAUACCGGAGAUUCGCGUUAACGUUUCCUAUAUGAAUGGCCUUGGAGGUCCUUAUCAAGAGGUGCAUCUGAAUGAUCUGGACACCUUUGAGAAGACAUGGUUAAUCCCUGGCCAUUCGGUAUCGGAUAAAGCUGGCCACGCUAUCUGCACAUAUCACCCUUGCUUCACCACCUCGCCAGCACCCCUCCCAGUCCAGCUUAUGAAAGCCAAUUCCGUCAUCGCUUUUCACGAUGCUAUGGGUCGUAGCGUUGCCUCGCUCGCAGCAGACUGUACGUGGACAAAAACGGUCUUUAAUCCUUGGGCUACAGUCGAAUACAACGCCGGUGACUUGAUUCUCAAGUCCAGACCACAAGACGAUCCAGAUGUUGGCCACUUCUUCACUCGCAUUCGAGCUAGCAGAUACUCAAGGACUUGGUACGACAAACACAGACUCGGGACGCUACAGGAGAAGCGAGCUGCCGAAAAGUCCUCCAUUUACUCUGACACCCCUGUCGUUACUCACAUCGGUAGCUGUGGGCUUCCGAUCCGUACUGUUCGUGUGGUUGAUGGCGAGAUGUAUACGCGCAGCUCUGCUUAUGAUGUGGAUGGAAACAAAGUGCGAGAUGUCGACUCGUACGACCGUCUUGUAGAAAAGAUGGUUUACGACAAACUCGGUCGGAUGCUGCAGAGUAAAGGGAUGGAUAAAGGUGAAUCAUGGGCUCUCCAUGAUGCCCAAGGCCAAGAGUUUCUGGCCUGGAACUGUCGCGGAUACUCAUUCAUGACCCGGUAUGACGGUAUGCGCCGUGAGAUCGAAAAGUUGGUGCAGAAAGGGACAGUGGCGUCGAAGUUGGUCACGAGGAUUACUUAUGGGGAGAGCUGUGCUGACGCACCGGUUCUCAACCUGAAGGAGCAAGUCUGGAAAGUGGAGGACCAAGCCGGCGUUCAUAUGAGCACCCGUUACGAUGUACGCGGUCGUUGCCUUGAAAAAACAUUCCAGUCUACCCAAGAGUACAAAAGGGUGGUUGACUGGAGGUCCAAUAACUUGUUGGAAAAGGCAAUCUACUCGCAUACUAGCAAGUAUGACAGCUUUGGCCAAGUACUCGAGGAGAAAGACGCUCAAGGGAAUCGUACCCGAAGACAUUUUACGCGACAAGGGCACGUCGACAGUGUCGAGUUCAGUUCGAGCAAGGAAAACAGCUGGAAACCAUAUCUCUCAAAUGCAAUCUUUUCCGCCGAUGGACUGCCUCUGAGUAUCACGUACGGAAACACAGUCACUACGCAGUUCGUGUACGACGAAAAUUCAAGAGAGCUCCUUUCUCAACAAACCGUGCGCGGGUAUCGUGGCAGAAGAGAGCUUCUCGAGGACAUCACACACAUCUACGACUGCCUUGGUCGCCUUAUCUUCACUUAUGAUAAGUCUGAACAAGUGAAGUACUUUAAGGAAAGCCGCAUCAAGCCUGAAUGGGACUAUACGUAUGACCAAAUGGGCAACCUGAUAUCUGCCACCGGAAGGGGCCAGCUCUCAUCAGCACUUGGCAAAGGUAAUCAGCUGAGCCCUCACAGCGCCAUGAAUGGGCUCAGUCCAACGCGCGGUAUCUCUGAUGGCAACUUGCUCUAUCAGUACCUUGAGACGUACAAAUACGAUCGUGAAGGCAACAUGCUUUCGACGAAGCACGACGCGCCCGCAAGCAAAGGCGUCACGGGAUGGACGAGGAGCUACUUUUACGAAGAACAGAGCCUCCUCAGUGACGACCCGCUCGUCAAAAGCAACCGCCUCAGCAGAACAGCAAUUAGUGGCAAGGAUGAAGGCAGAUACGCUUACUCUGCAGAUGCUGGACUUGCGGGUUGCAUGACAUCACUUCCCAAAUUCUCUGAACUCGAUUGGAACAUGGAUAACAUGCUUUCAUUCUCGUCUACCCAGUAUGUCAACUCCGGCACACCAGAGAGGACAUACUACGUCUAUGGUCACACAGGCAAGCGCGUACGAAAGGUGACUGAAUCCGCUGCUAAAGCUGACGGGGAGCCUCGCAAGAAAAAGGAGACGCUGUUUCUCAGUGGUGUCGAGUUUCAAGCCCGAAGCGACGGGUCUGAUUUGUGGAUUGCAAGUGUCGGAGGUGACAGUGCAUUGGCCAUGGUAGAGGUCAGCAGCAGUCGUCAAAGACCCUUGAUACGUUUUCAGACUGGAAACAACAUGGAACUGGACGACCAGGCCCAGCUCGUCUCGUACGAGGAAUAUUCUCCCUUUGGCAGCGUUACUUACUCGGCCGUGCACGGUAAUGUCGAGGCCCCACGAAUCUAUCGUUUUGCCAAGUACGAGCAUGACCGCGAAACGGGACUGUAUCAUUGUGGACACCGUUACUACUGUCCGUGGGUCAGCCGCUGGACUUCACCGGACCCCCUUGGCGACGUAGAUGGGCCAAACCUCUACGAGUACGUCAAAAAUGACCCAGUCAACUCAUAUGACCCAUCUGGGACCUCUAAAUUCAAGAAAAAGCUUGCAUUGCAUGCGGCAAAGAAAAAGGAGGCAUCAGAAGCAGUCGACAACAAUGCCAACGCACUGUCUCCACUCGAUCAAGAGAAUGCAGGCCUCGACAAUAUCAAGAGUAAGGCAACCGACAUUCUACUGAAAAGGAUACAAAAGACGAAGGAAUUCUGGACUGGCAUUGCCACAAAGUUCGAGAACAAGAUGAACCUUGCCUUGGACAGACUGCGCGCCGCCCAUCAGAAGAUGAUGCAAAAAGUUCGAAAGCCUCCAGGUGAUCAGCACCACUUGUUCCGCGAUUGCUUUGAGCAUUUCUUCACAGCUGCUGGGAUCGAUCAUAACAAAGCCACUCUUUUUUGCGACAAGGAAGUUCAUGAUAGGAUUGGCCCUAUUCACGACCGGGGCUGGGAGGAGUACUUUAUAUCCAAGCUUCACGAAGCUUUCCCACAUACUAAAGACUUACCGCAGAGGUUGUUCCGGCAAGCGCUACGUGAUGAGAUGUAUGAUUUCUCACAGGCUCUCAUUGAAACAAUCGAGGCAGAUCCGGCCAAGUACCGGGAGGAAAUGAUGGGGCAGCUGGUUGAGAAUAUGUUGGAGUCCGGCAUGAAUCUGACGCUAGUGACAGCGUCUAUUGCUCCCUACCAGGUCCCUUACGAGUAUAGAGGUGAGAGACUUACGUGGGAAAAGUACAUGGGCUUUCAGAGCACGUACAGCGCGCCUCAACAGAUGGCAGACAAUAUAGUUUAG